AAAGCUGAACUGUAUAAAGCGCUAUCGAUAUUUCGUGCUUUGCGUGUCCAAAGUAUUAGAUAUUAUUUAUUUUUAUGUUUUCGCUGUUAAAAUGGCAACAAAAUUGAAUGUAAACAUACGAACGCUGCUCACCAACUGUGAGGAUCUGGCCAAAAGCGAAAGCAACUUUUGGCGCCUGCAAAAGUUCCUUAAAUCGUUAGACACAAUGAUUGCCGAGCUGGCGGCAAUGGAUGAUCCACAAAGUGCGAGUCGCAUACCCGGCUACCAAGAACGUUUGGAGAACCUCAAACAGCUGACUGGCUAUACAAGUAAACCGGCAACUGGAGGAGGUGGAGGCAAUGGGGAGAUUGCGUUGCAGGAGAUGCGGCAAUUGCAGAACACGGCCAAACACAAUGAGAUACGCAAGGACUUGUUGCAAGAUGGAGACACAUUGCGCCGUCGACGUGGCAACGAAGAGGCAACAACGACAGCAGGUGCUGCUGGGGCAGCUGGAGCGGUGGAAACUCCCGGCGGCAGCAGCAUGAACGAGGCUGUCAAGUAUUAUAAUAAUGCGCAGGAAAAGAUUACGGAGCAUAUGCUGUCGUUGACACGCAAUCUCAAGGAGCAAACAGAGACGGCAAAUCGCAUCAUCAGGCGAGACACUGAAGUGGUCUCGAAAUCUACAGGAAUGGCGGAUCGCAACAUCAAUUCGCUGGGCAAAGAGGCCGAGAAGUUGGAGCAGCAUUCACGCAAAGCCUACAAAUGUUGGCUCUGGUUAAUGAUUGUGUUUGUCAUUGUAGUGUUUAUCGGCAUGGUGCUGUUCAUGAAGAUUAUGAAGAAGAAAAAGACGUGAGCGGAGAGUUCAAUAGGUUAUCCCCUAGCUAAAUGGUGUAAACAGCGAGAUAAAGCAUUAAAGCAAGCAACGAUUUAUUAAUAUAUGUAUAUUAUAUGUGUGUA